AUUUGUGAUCUUGGUUCCCCCUCAGAGGUUGUGGUUCAGCAAUGGAGGUCCCGGAGCCUGGGCCAGCGGAUGGGGAGGAACGGCUGGUGGAGUUGAGACCACGGACCCGCUCCAACCCGGAGGGGGCAGAGGACCGGAGGAACAGCAACCCCCAGACCACUGUGGGCAGCAGGAGCGAGGGAGAAGGGGAGGCAGCCAGGAGCGACAGCCCUCCCAGCUCAACAAGCAGCACUGCGGCCGCCACUACCGCCACCGUCACCACCACCAGCACCAAAGACCGGGCCAAACCAGUGCCACCACCCUCUGUGACCACUGCUGCCUCCCCAGCCACAGAGUACCAGCUGCGCACGCCCAGGGUCAACUGUCCAGAGAAAGUGAUAAUCUGCCUUGACCUGUCGGAGGAGAUGUCCCUGCAGAAGCUGGAGUCCUUCAAUGGGUCGAAAACAAAUGCGCUGAACGUCUCCCAGAAGAUGAUCGAGAUGUUCGUCAGGACGAAGCACAAGAUUGACAAGCGUCACGAGUUUGCGCUGGUGGUGGUCAACGACGACGCCCUGUGGCUGUCUGGUUUCACGUCUGACCCCCGGGAGCUGUGCAGCUGCCUCUACGACCUGGAAACAAAUGUCUGCGAGUCUUUCAAUCUUGAAGACCUUUUAAAUCUAAUCCGCCAGAAGAUAGAACUGCCUCAGACAGAGAACAUCCAGACAAUCCCCCCUCCAUACGUGGUGCGGACCCUGCUCAUCUAUGGCCGGCACACCGGACAGCCGCAGUUCAACCCCUCCGACGCCAUCAGCAAGAUGCUGCAGUCUCCCUACUUCUUCUUCGACGUGGUUUACCUUCACAAUGGAGCCGAGGAGCAGGGCGAGGAGAGCAGCUGGAAGGAUGUCUACACCUCGUUCUGUAACCUGGACUCAAAGGGGAUUUGCUACCGGUUCGAGGUGUCUCUGUGUGGGCCGGCCGUCGAACUGCACAACUGCAUGGCCAAGCUGCUGUCCCACCCCUUACAGAGGCCCUUCCAGAGCCAUGCGUCCUACAGCCUGCUGGAAGGGGAGGAGUCCCAAGAGAUCGAGGCCACUGUCUAGGAGGGAGAGGGAAAGGGGGUGUGGCCAGUGACGGUUCUUCCAUAGCCCCACCUCUAUUGACUGCUGGAGGGUGAGGGGCAAAUAUAGGUCGACAUGGUGGGGGCGUAGUCUGACCGUCAGAAGUCACGCCCCAUGUUGACUGCGAAAGGCGGAAGAGUCAGACGCUACCAACUUCCACAGUCGUUACAAAUGACUGACUCGCGGGCGCUGCAGCUGUGAGACAGCCCUCUCCCAUCUGUGUGUAUGCAGUAUGCCUCGUCAGCAGAAUCUUUGUAUUAGUGAGUGUAUUUAGCCACUGUGUAUAGUUUGUGCAAAUUGAAAACCCCUUAUGUGAAAUGUACAGUGCUGUAUGCCAGCACAGUGAACGCACACACACUGGAAUUGCAGAUUUCUGCAAGAGGUCUUAAGAAAUGUCUCUGAAGUGAAGCAGCUGUGUUAUGUGCCUGUUUGUGUGCAGGUGCAGUAAAUGCAGUUCUGGUGCUACAGCUGAAAACUUACUUGUCGAUUUUUCUUUUUCUUCCUAAAACCACACUGUCAGGUGAUGUUAUGUAAUAGAUUUAAAGAUGUGUGAGAUUUGAAUCGGCAAUUCAUUUUAUGUCUUUUUUUUUUUUAAUAGCUGUGCUACAAAUGCUUUUUUAUUAUUUAAGCAAAAACCUUUCAGCUCUGUCAUGGGGGGAAGCUAAUCUCAGAAAGAUUACAGUGAGGAGAUUUACAAACCCUGCUCUCUCGGUUGGCUCAACUGUAUUUUAGAUAAUUGUCAAACUUCAUUCUAAAUAAACAGAUGCACUGGA